AGUCAGGGCGUCCAGUGAGGUGGUCAUGCCGUACAAGGCGCUGACCCAGCUGACGGCAGAGCCCCUGACGCUGGGCAAGUGUGUGGUGGAGGUGUCCGGGAAGAACGUUUCGGAGAAGAAUGACAGUGACGUCACCACGACGAAGGCGCCGUUCAACUUCUCACAGGGCGCCGCAAUGCUGAGCACGAACCGUUUACGCGUCGCAUCCACGGGCUCGGUACUGGGCCUGCUGCUGCUGCUGGCCCUGUUCGUCUACUGCAUGUGCCUACGCACGGCGCCCAGCGCCUGGGAAUCGGAGAGUUCGUGGUCGGAGAGCCCUAAGAGCUGGACGACCAGCAGCACCAGCAGCUGGACCAGCACGCCUGUCUCCAGCGACGACCUCUACAGCUCUGAGAGCUUCGACUUCGAGCGCGACGCGCACCUCGUGGGCGACAGGAAAACGCUCGAAUACAUGCGCGGCGUGCAGGAGGCGGCAGCGCGGCGGCGGCGCGCGGCGCGCCCCGAAUCGCCAGUCGACUGAGCGGUGUGGACCGGCGGAGAUGCGGUCUGGGAAGACGCGGUCCGGGGAGACGUGGUCCGGGUGAAUGCUAUUCGAGGAAGCUCAGUCCGGGAAGAUGUGGUGUGGGGAGAUGUAGUCCGAGAAUAUGCGGCCCGGUGAGAUGUGAUCCGUGGAAGUGUGGGUUGGGGAAACGUGGCCUGGGUAGAUGUGGUCUGAGGCUGUAUAAUCCUGACAGAUGUGGUCCGGGGAUGUAGUCAGUGGAGAUGUAGUCCGUGAAGAUGUGAUUUGGGGGGAUGUGGUACGGGGAUGUGAUCUGGACCAGAUAUUUUCCGGGGAGGCGUAGUCCGGGGAGGUUUAGCAUAAGGAGACGCGGUCUAGACGAGACGUGGUACGGAGGGACGCUGUCUGGAGACGUGGUACAAAGGAGCCUUGCCCGGAGACGUGGUACGGAGGUACGUUGUCUAGAAAUGUGGCAUAGAGGGACCCCAUCCAGAGACGUGGUACAGAUGGCCGUUCUCCGGAGAGCAAUGGUCCUGAGG